CCGGCGUGGUCAGGUUAGAAGAGGUUAGAACGGCGACUUGCGACAGUUGCGACCUUGCGACCUUACGACGGCAGGCACGUGCUCGAUGCUCGAUCCCUUGUAACGUACAGCGGUAUCCAUUUCAAGUAGCAAUCUAAAAGCAGCUCUACAUGUUAGAAUGGCCAAACUCAGUUCGUACUACACGCUGUGUCCACUCAUCGAUCAGCAGAGUUUGCUGGGCGUUGAGAGGGACAAGGAGACGGGCUCCGCGGUAGUCACUCUCGGCAGGAAUAUAGUGAUACGAUACAAGCUACAAGACCUUAAGCAGAUCAGCAGUUGGUCCAGCAAGGAAAGAUUGACGACGCAAGUCAUCUACGACAGGUCCAAGCAACGUUACGUCGCUGCCUUUAACGAGAGAAAGAUACGGGUUUGGUCGGAAGAGGAGGCAGACCUGAACAACGUCAAGGGAUACAAAUUCCCCUCGCCACUAUACGCUAUACUGCCGUGUGGCGGCUCGUCGCCCAUUCUCGUCCAGCAAAACGGUGCUACGGCUUCCCUGGAAUGGGCCCUUGCCAACAGGAAGACGUGGACGAGCAAGGGUAUAAUUAAGCCUAGGGAGAGAUUGUUGGAUUGUCAGUUGAUCCAUGUAAACGGAAAGACGAGCUUGUUCUGCUUGACCAGAGUGGAGGAGGUCUACAACUAUGUGGUCGUUGGAUUGGAGGAUGCGACCUGCUUGGAGAAGCCCGACACCGUCAGGAGGAUAGAAUUGAUACGAAAGUCCGAGCAGCUCACGGGACACGUGUUGAUACACCACAAGAACGAUGCGUAUCUCCUCACUUUAUGGUCACACGGCAGGCUGUACAGUCAUCCUUUGACGGGAACGUCUUCCGAUUUCGAGUCGAGCAGAUUAAUCAGUGUAAUUACUAAUGUCAAUACCAAGUAUCCCGCUGUCAUGACGCAUCUCGACGAGACGACCAUAGCGAUUUACGGCGCUGAUGUCACGGACGAGGGGGCGAUACUCAUGAUAUACAAUGUACAAUUCAAAUCGGCGCAAGCGGUGCAAAAGCUCAAACUUUACACCAACGAUGCCAAGCUCUGGAAGGUGGAGGACAAAUUAUUGCUCGCGGCCAAUAGACACUUGGCCGUUGCGCUCUACCACCUCGCGCCGCAAAGGAUAGCCGCCAUGUUGGGCUCGUCUUUACGUUUUAGUAGCAGCACCGAUAACGACAUCGUCGUGAUACAAGAGGCGACAGUGGCUCAGUGGGACAAGAGCCAAACGAAAUCUUGCGCGAGAAUAGGUCGAAUACCUUUCAGUAUCUCGAAAAAGAUCCACUCUUACUUGAACGAGGGCUGGAGCGAUGCCGCGAUACAGGAGACCUUGAUCCCGCUCUUGAUGGAAUCUGCCGACGUCGCGUCCAUCUGUUGGUGCCUCGACACGUUUAGAGAUUUACCGGAAAAGUUACUGGUCGACCUUUUGGCCUUUACCUUGACAAGUCCAGAUAAAGUAUUCGUUCCCCUGCAAAACGGCACGACCGAUGCUGCGUCGAGAGCCAAUAAUCCUUAUUCGAGAGACAACUUUCUCGGCAAAGUGUUUAGUGUCAGCUAUUCCAGUGUUUCCUUGUUACCUCGUCUCAAGACUGGUUUAACCUUCGACCAAGUACUUGAACUGUUGGAAUAUUUAAUGUGUAAAUUGAAUGAGGAAACUCACUCGCUCGACGAUAACUCACAGCCGAGUGAUCAACAGUUGUACGAAUGGUCCUGUGUACUUGUCGAUUCUCACUAUCAACAUUAUUUAUUGUCCCAAGACACGCGCGUUUUGGAGCUUUUCAAUCGGCUGGAUUCUAUCCUAGAAGACCAUUUUCAGUUUAUGCAAAACCUAGCAAACUUGAGGCCUAUGAUCGACAGGACCCACAAUGGAAAACCAUUGCGAGCGUCUUCAAAAAGACAGAAUAAAUUUUACUCCAUAGAGGAAAUAAAAUUUUGUUGAUCCAUAAACGAAUUUGUCUUUUAUCCUUGUUAAAAGUGUACUUUAGUAUGUGCGUACACAACACGCGCACGCACGCACAAAAGUAUUGUAAAUGUAAGCGAGAAAAAUAUAACUUUUUUUUUC